UGGUUAAUGUUGUGGUCGCCAUGGGACCGUGACGAUUUUCAUCUUAGUGCCACCCAGGGGCCAAGAACUAGCUAAAGCUCCCUCGCUCCCCUUUCUUCUCUUCCAAAUCAUCCCUCGUCCUUCUCACCUCUCAUCUCUCACACCUUCUUCACCCUCACCACCGAGUCUCACACCUCGACCAUCAAACAUAAACUCUGAGAGCUCAGCCAUCAACCGUCCCAUCUCGAGCUGACUAAGGUCAUCCGACAACCGAGUCAAGACUCAAGGGACCUUACAGAUAUUCGUACACGACUCGCACUCGUACCCUCCAGCUCUGCUUCCCACUUUUCCGAGAGGAAAAAAACACCUGCACUGCCUCACCUAGUUGCAUAUACGCUACUCCAGUCGACACACCCGCCGUUGCGCAAGGCCCAAACCAGACACCUCGCGCUCGCGGCCACUUGUUCACCUUUCCUUCGCCGCCGUCACACCGCCGACCGACAGCGCAGUACCUUACCUCACACAGCCCGGCCGAGCCCAGUCGUUGUCGUCAGUUAGGCUCUCCCUCUCUCUGCAGUGCUGCACCGUUAUUCUCCAUAGCGGCGGCAACCGGUCUUGGCUUGCGCGUCUUCUCUACGGUUACAAGUGAUUGGCUUGGCAGAUUUUGCAGUUCCCUUCACCUUUGACCCAAAGUACCGACCGUCUAUCGGACUGGACCCGUCUCAUCUCCGGCACCCCGGCCCCCAGACGCGGAAGACUUGCCAAGGAGGCCUCUCUCCCGCGCCACAGUUGAUCAUCUAAUUCCAAAGCUCAAAGCUCUCAUCUGCGCCAUAAGAGAGAACAACAACAACGAUAUCAUUGUCGACAUCUUCUCUCAUCCAGCAUUUCAAUAUUGACAUACCCAUCCAACCAACGAGGAAUCCCGGAACAAGGCCACUACAAGAACCCCGACUCACAGCUCGGUUCGCGUUUCGUCUCAACAUCUGGGCGCUGAUCUGAAGCGAUCUGAUCUUUGCCACAAAAAGCACAAGCCCAAGCACUCCACCAACACCCAAGUCACCAACACACCACCUUUACCUUACGAAUACAUUCGUAUCCACCAUCCGAAUAGCCGUCGUCACCUCCAGGCGCGGCACGGCACAGCAUGAACACCUGUGAGUACCUUUCUUCCCUUAUUACCUAAGUCUUUACUUUUGAGCCAAAAGACCGAAAUCCCAUUCAUUACCCGCCUACCCCCGUCCCCUAUCCCCCAUCUUGCCCCUAGUCACCGUUGCAUUCGUCUUUCUUGGCAGGACAGCGGAUUACCAGAGCCCAAAGGAACAUUCGCAAAACACAUUACACACUCUCACUCCGUUUCCAAUAUCACCGCUCUGUUAAUUUGUUUCCCUUCUCGACGGAGUGUUGUUUUGUUGUUUCUAUCCCUCCGCCCCUUACCUUCAAUUCCUCUCCCUUUCCACUCGCAGGUGGGAGACUAUCUUCUAGACUACCACUCUAGUCUCAUCCCUCUCCCACCAAUUGCCUGUGCAACCGCCGGGAGCCAAGUGUGACCUCGAGCAGUUGUCACUCAUCCACACCACUAUCUACCCCCGUUCCCUCCGUCGCCUCCACAAAAUCAUUCCCACCUGCACUCCACACAGCUAGUUUCACGUCAUUACCCUAUUUCACUUAACGAACCAUUCCCCUUGACCAUCCCUCACCUCACCUAUCCAAUUUGUUUCCUGCCUCACCUUUCCACCCGUCAAUCACAAAGCGCCAGCGCUCAGCCCGCUCUAAACACAUAACUGACCAUGCCGUCACUCAUCGGCUCAGUCAACCACUUCGAUAUCAAACGCAAAGCUCACGGCCUCAGCCGCCGGAGUCAGGAGCAAACAUGGAACCCAUUCCGUCACGUAUCAUGGGAGAACCAACCGGGUAAACGAUCCACCUGGGACGGCGCCAAUCUUGAGGCACAGCGCGAGGUGCCCGCGGAAGAGAGGGAAACCGACGAGGCGAUACAUCACGUUCAGAGCGAGCCCGUACCCAGAGAUUCCGAGACAGUACGCAACAGUUUGGGCAAGGAGACGAGAUCAGGAACAGGAAGCGGCAGCGGCGACACAAUGUUUGAGAACAAGCCCGAGGACGGUGGAGUAAGGAAUCGAAAGACGGAAAACGCACAAGGCGAGGAUCUGCCGCAAGAUGAGGAGGAGAGGCCCAAAGCCAAGAAGCAGAAGUCCGGUCUGAUUCGACACGUCCAGCCGAAAACGCCAUUCACCGUCGCCAACCAGCUCCAGAGAACCCUGCUCAGCUCAUAUAUCAACAUUUUGAUCUUGGCAGCACCCGCCGGUAUCGCCAUCAGCUACGUCUCCUCUGUCAACAAGAUUGCCGUAUUCGUCGUCAACUUCAUCGCCAUUAUCCCAUUGGCAGCCAUGCUGGGUUUUGCAACCGAAGAAAUCGCACUGAGGACGGGUGAGACAUUGGGCGGUCUUCUCAACGCAACUUUCGGAAACGCCGUCGAACUCAUUGUCGCCAUUCUCGCCUUGGCCGAAGGAAAGGUCCUCAUUGUGCAGACGUCGCUCAUUGGUUCCAUUCUCUCCAACCUGUUGCUCGUUAUGGGCUUCUGUUUCUUCUUUGGCGGAAUCAACCGACCCGAGCAAUACUUCAACACCACCGUCGCCCAGACCGCCGCCUCACUCUUGGCUCUCGCUGUUGCCUCCGUCAUUGUUCCCACCGUAUUCGACAAGAACGACGGCACCGACAACACCGUCCACGUCGCCGCUCUCUCUCGUGGGACAGCCGUCAUUUUGCUCAUUAUCUACGCCUCGUACCUGUUCUUCCAGCUCAAGACCCACAAUGCCGUCUUCAACGAGGAGUCGCAAAAGGUCGCCGCCAAGCCCUGGAGCCGCGGCGGCUUGAAGGAGGGCGCUCUCGCUCGCGGAUUGGCCGGCACUGGAGCGCGCAUGGCUCAGACCGGUGUCCGCGGAGAGAGUGAGAACGAGAGGCAGGAGCUGAGCCGCAUGAUGAUGCAACGCCACGAGGAAGAGGAGGACGAAGAGGAGGAGCCCCAGUUGCACUUCUUGGUCGCCGUCGGCACUCUCACCGGAGCCACCGUUCUCAUCGCCUUCUGCGCCGAAGCCAUGGUCAGCUCCAUCGACUACGUCACCAAGGAGGGCGGUAUCAGCGAGGAGUUUGUCGGUCUCAUUCUCUUGCCUAUUGUCGGUAACGCCGCCGAGCACGCCACUGCUGUCACUGUCGCUAUCAAGGACAAGAUGGAUCUCGCUAUUGGUGUCGCUGUCGGUUCGAGUAUGCAGGUUGCGCUGUUCCUGAUUCCCUUGUUGAUCAUCAUCGGCUGGGGUAUGGGCAACGACGCCAUGACGCUCAGCUUCGACCUCUUCCAGGUUGCUGUUCUGUUCGUCGCUGUUCUUCUGGUCAACUACCUGAUUGCCGAUGGCAAGAGCCAUUGGCUCGAGGGGCUGCAGCUCAUUUGUCUGUAUGCCAUUAUCGCAACAUGCUCAUGGUGGUACCCCGCCACUGGUGUUGCCGGCUAAGCCAACCAACUCUCCUGUUACGACCAUUUCUCAUUUCAUCAAAACUUUGUUCGAGCGUGUGUGCCAAUUUUUCUAUUCAUAUAAUGUCUUGUUUUUUAUUCAAGAAGGGUCGCCUUUUCUUGAUGUGUACAUAUAGGACCAAACGUGCGGGAUUCCUUGGAGGAACUGUACAUUGAACCCGCCCCUUUUGGGUAUUUACCGAGACUACGGGCUUUGCGAGCCACGGAGGAGAGGGGGAUAUACGUGUGUGCGAGUGAAGGAAAGAGAGUAAUGAGACGAGAGUGAAGUACAUGAGUCUAUCGGCAUGUAUAUGCUGCCAGAUGGAGAGUACUCGAAAAGAAAUAACAAACAAGUUCAAGCCUAC